AUGGGCCGCAGAAAAAUUGAAAUAAAGGCCAUCAAAGAUGACCGAAACCGCUCCGUCACUUUCCUGAAACGAAAGGGAGGGCUGUUCAAGAAGGCUCAUGAGCUAUCAGUACUGUGCUCGGUGGAUGUUGCCGUCUUCAUAUUUGGCAGUAACAAGAAGCUCUACGAGUAUUCAUCAAGCGACAUGCGCGACCUGAUCACGAGGUACACCUAUCACGGUGGUCCGAACGAACACAAAGGCCCCUCCGAUUUCAACGGGGGAGCCGAAGAUGAGGAUGAUGACGACGAAAACGGCACCCCGCCCCAGGGAGAUGGCUUCGACCCCCAGAUGCUUCCUCCUCACUUCCAAACGCAACCUCCGUUCCCCCACCUCAGACACCACACCCCUUCAGCCUCGCCCCCGAUCCCGAAUGGCGUGUUUGGCCCUCACCCAGGUAAUGGCCCGCGUGGUCACACUCCGCAACCCCAGGUCGGCUCCCGGCCGUCAUCGCGGAACGACAUUCGGAGGAUGGGUCCCAACAUGGUCGGGCAACCAGUCGGCCCGCAGGGCCCUCCUCAGCCCCCUGCUGUGAAUGGCUUUGCCUAUAUGCCGCAGCCGGCAAUUUACAACCCUCAGAACGCUCCAAACUUACCGCCUAAUAUGCAUCCCCACGGUUUGCCACAACCGCACCCUCAAGCUCACCCUCAGUAUCCGUAUCACCCACCGCAGCCGCACCCCCAUCAGAUGCAAUCCUUUGCCGAAGAGCAACGGAGGUCCUCUGUACCCCCUGCCUUCCCUCCUCAACCUCAAGGCCCGCCAGCCGCGCGUCAUUCCGUAUCACCACCGCAGCCUCCUGCUCAACAGCUGCCUCCGCAGCCGGUUCCGCACAUGUCGCCGCCGCAGGUUCACCCCAUGCAGAGCCCGCCGCAGCCUCAACAACAUCUGCCACCGCCGCCACCGCAAGAACCUCACCAUAUUCCACCGCCAUCACAAGAGCCACAACCGCCCGCGCCGAUGGAAUCGAGGCCGAAGCCGGAACCGGUGGAGAGAACACGCCAGCCCCCGCUCCUCGACACGGUCAUUAAGAAGGCACCACCCCGUAAAGGAGGGAGCAUAUUCACCCCUAUUGAUGAGAAUAGAUCCAUCCUAUCGCAACACUUGGCAGCUUUCCACCCCGAGGUGAAGGCAGAGGCGCCGUCCGGCAGGUCCCAAUCGAUGGACGUUGGCGGUGUCUCGAGAGGUAGCAAUGCCGAUUCAAACGCACAAAGCCAGACGCAGGUAAAGAGGAACAGUUCGCUCUCCUCGAUUCCGGAAACUGUCUUCACCCCGCCUUCGCGGUCCAAUAGUCUGCGCGUAGGUGGCAACGUUGCGCGGCCGCGAUUGAAGGUGCAGAUUCCAGAAGACUCGGACGGUGGUAGCGCUACAGCCGAGUCGGCCUCCCCACGAGGAACAACUGCCACGGAUGCAACCUCUCAACCGUCGAGACGUCCUGACUCGCACUCCUCUGGCGUGGUCCUGCCACCUCCGUCGCCCUCGGCUUCAGCGCUGCUCUCUGCAGGUGCCACUGGGCCGCCCAAUCCAUUUGCACGGCCACCUCCGCAUCAAAACAACAGCAUGAACAUCGACACACCCGUAUCAGCUCUACCGUCACGCUUCCUCAACAACGAAUUCCUCCCUAGCCCUAGCAGCUUCUACCCGGAGUGGAAUUUCCGCGGCACCGAUAGCAACACGCUCCCAAGUCCCCUGAACUUCGCGACGCCAGUGGGUGGAACGGGGCCGUCCUUCUUAAGGGACGAUCUUGUAUCGCAUAAGCGGAAGAGCCCCGAAAUCAGUGGUAACGGGUCCCACCACGAGCCGCUCGAAUUGGGCAAUGACACGAAGCGGGUCAAAGUCGAUUCGUGA